AUGAAAAGCAAAAAGUACUGGCACCAGUACAAUACGGCGCAGCAGCUGCAGAUAAAUUUGCAGCUGUACCGGGAGCAGGUCGAGCAGCAGCACCUGUCGACCGCGGGGAUGAAGGGUAAAAACCUUCCAUCUGGGCGGGUUGGUGGUGCAGUUGGUGCAAAAAACGGAGGACCCCCGACAGCAGCUGGACAGAGGAAUGUGAAGCCUAGCAGUGCAGACGGUUUUUGCACACCCGCGCUGGUGCAGCCACGACGUCUUGAAUGUUUUUCAACAAAAGAUAAUAGCGAGGCUGCUGCUCCUGCGGAGAGCGUCCGCGUUCCCGUCGAGCCAAUCCAAGUAGGGUUAGCGCCAUCGUUGUCGAAAAGAGCGUUAUGUCGUGGGAGGACCAACGAGAAUUUUGUAGUGCCCGCUUCUAGUAUAAUAAUGGAGCUGCAACCCACUGGCACUCCUGUAGCAGCGGUUUUUUCCGCUGCGAGUGGGCCAAGUCCGGCGGGCGGGAGGUCGAGUUGUAGUUUUCAGUGCGACCAGCACCAGAGACGUUGCUGCAAUGAGGGAUCUCCGCAAUUACCACCUGCACCGGUGCCAUCCGCGCUACCGAUAUCAACACAGGCACAGCCCUGCCAUAUUACAGAGAAAGUUGUUUCUUCUGCCGCACCGCACCUGAAGAAUUUCUUUCCGAGUUUGAAAGACCAGAAGGCUCCUGCUGCGGGGAAUCAAGAUGAGCGUGUAGCUGUGGCUGUCGGCCCAGUCUGGGGGACGGGAACCGCCAAUGACUGCUCGGCCCCAGACGUGGUCGAGGGUUUUCAAGAUUUUGAAAGAGAUUCGGCUUCUACUCACACGCCGCGGAAGACUACAAGAAAACCAAGUUUCAGCUUCGCAUUAUCAAGAGACGGGCCGACGACCGCUCGGCGGCUCGCGAUGAAGCAAAAGGACCGAGUGGUUGCUAUUGUUCCGCGCACUUGCGAUGAUUCUUCCAUGUACAACUCGAGCGACAUGAGCUGCAGAAGCUCUACCGGACCGACUUGGUCUCCGUCGAAUCGGCAGAGACGUGGGUCGAAUCGGCAGAGACGUGGCUUCAACCUGAAUUGUAGCCGAAGUGGGGCGAGGAAGGUGUUGCAGAAAAUGGGAUCAUCGGAGGUACUUACUUCUGGGGUUUCGCAAGAACGUAUUUCGAAAGAACGUGGCUGCUGCGGCUGAUGUUGAGGCAGUUCCCGCCGAUUCGGCGCAAAUAUAACUGCGUCACAAAAACAAAAAAUAUGGAUUCAUCUUCAAGUAGAACUCUCUUUUUUUCCUUACAGGUUGCCUUCGAAGUAGAGUCGGCCACUCCUGGUGGAGAUAAAGACGGGGCGCAAGAUCG